AUGACGUACAGUAACGUUAAAACGUAUCGCGCAAGCUGUGCUUGGCAAACGCGAGCGAGUCGCCGUACUUGGUGUGCUGCCGGUGUAUCCGGUGAAAAUUGUUGGUGUCGUCGCGCGGGUCGGCUGAUUUCUUGUAAUAUUCCAAGUCGUUGCGGGUCGCGAACCGGCCGUCCAUGUACGCGUGGUACUUGUCUGCGUCCGUCAGGUCGGGCUCGGACCACUUCUUGUGCAGCGUCUGGUACGUGUUGGCUUUGGCGUGGAUGCCCGGGAACACUUUGCGCUCGUACUUUCGGUACAGCUUUCUUGUCACUUGCAUGA